UCUUUUCCUUCCCUUUAUCCGGUUACAGCCUUCCCCACCUUUUCCUUGUGUUUCUCCCGUUAAUGGCUCGUUCACUUUGCCAAACCAUAAUCAAGCUCCGCCCCAUCUCCAAACCCCCUCCAUCAUCUUCUCUUCUCAUUUCAUUCCGAUCCCAAUCGAGCCAACCCAACCAUUUCGAUCAGACCGACGCUUCUUCCGACGCUUCAUCCGAUCCCCUCCUUCGGAAACUCGAAGACGCCAUCCAUAGGAUCAUCGUCCGCCGUUCGGCACCCGAUUGGCUUCCUUUUUUACCGGGAUCCUCUUACUGGGUCCCGCCUUCCACAGCCAAAUCAUACGGCCUUGCUCAGAUUGUUGAGAAAUUGGCUAACCCUUUGACCCCGGAGGAAUCCAUGUCCACCACCACCGUCCGAGGUUGGCCUUCCUCCGAGUAUUUCAUCAAAGGUGGACCCCCCCACCCAGUGGAGGAGGCAGACAUGACUUUAAAUACUAAAUCUAAAACCGAGGAUGAGGAAGGAUGAAGCCAUGCUUACUGCACGAAUAAGAGCAUCUGGGGCUCAGCAAGAAUUGGAUUUGUUGACAAAGUCUUUUUUCAGUUUGCAGAUUGGAGGAGGUGUACAGAUGCAAUGUAGGUUAAUGGAACUGAAAUAAAACCCCUUUCUUUCUUGAUUGGAAAAAAAAAAUCACAGCUGAAAUGAUUAAUGUAUCUUAUGUAUUUUUAAAACAACUAGUUCUUAUCAGUUAAGAUUAUGUAUCCAUCACUCCAUGUCAUGUAUGCUAUAAGCUUGUAACU